AUGCCCUUCCAUAUUCCCCGCCAUCAGCACAAUCUCUCUGACUCCCAAUUCCCUCACGACAAUUACUACAGUGCCGCCAAUGCCAUUUACGCGGCGGGCCAGACUUUGAGCUCUGUUGGCGCCCCAAACACUCAGUGGAACGACCCGUCCUUGAACAACACGCCCACCACGGCUUCCGAGAAUCGAUCCUAUCAGCCACAACCCAAUACCAAUGGCAAUGGCACCGUAAUCCCCUAUCGCCCGGGUCCGACAGCAUAUAGUGGAGGCCGGCCUCCAACGUCUUCAGACCCGUCGAGUGGGCAAUAUCAACAGGGUCUAAGACGCUCUCUCACUGUUGGCCGCCAGACGGAGGAAUUACAUUUGAACCAGCAGGGCACGGCCAUGAGCGACGUCCACCACUAUGGUGCGCCGCCAGCCUACGGAGGGGAAGGACUGUCCAUCAAAAUUGACCCGUCGACCCCCCAGCAUCCCAACUGCAACCCCAUACCGAGCACUUUACAACCAGGCCUCGCGAAUAGACCAGCUCCUCUAGGAGCCAACAAUACUGCCCCAAAUCUCCCUACACUACCUCAGAUAUCGACCCAAUUACAGCAGCCACCUCCGUCUGCGAGGCCAAUGGCGCUCAAUCACACACACAAUUACUCGAGAUCAAGUCCUGGGGCAGUAGACCAGCCGAAAUAUAAACCUUUCUCCAACACUCCUGAACAGUCAAAAUAUGCCUCUCCUCCGACGGGAUAUAUUCCCCAGACGCCACAAGGACCAUCGUCCUAUUCUCCCCUCGGUCUUGCAGAUAUCCGGCCUCGAGCAGACACGAAUUUCUCAGACACACCCUUUAGUCCCGGCGUGGCACAAGAAAAUGAGUUGGAACAAUAUCCUCGAAAUAGCACUUAUGUUGCGCCUUGGCCCAUAUAUGCAGUGGACUGGUGCAAGUGGCCGCCGCGGUCAAACGGGGCCUCGACGGGGAAAGUUGCUAUUGGCAGUUAUCUGGAAGACAACCACAAUUAUAUUCAGAUUUUGGACACGCAAAGGUCUCAAAUAGACCCAGACAACCCUCAUGGCGAGCGAGGCCUGGGGUUCGUUAAGACUGCAGAAGCCACUCACGCAUACCCUGUUACGAGAAUAUUAUGGGAGCCUCCUUCGUCAAAUAAACAAACAACGGACCUAUUAGCAACGUCCGGCGAUCAUCUACGAUUAUGGUCCCUACCAAAUGACCAACAUUCAUAUCAGUCCAACUCCAUCAAUCGAUCAGCUAGCACGAAAACUCCUCCCCUACAAAAGCUCUCACCCCUGGCUCUUCUCUCGAAUUCCAAAUCCCCUGAACAUACGGCUCCGAUCACGUCGUUGGAUUGGAAUGUUGUCCAGCCUUCACUGAUAAUCACGUCAUCAAUUGACACAACAUGUACAAUUUGGGACAUCCCAACGUUGACAGCCAAGACUCAACUCAUCGCCCAUGACAAAGAAGUUUACGAUGUUCGAUUCUGCGCAAACAGCGUCGAUGUAUUUGUCUCUUGUGGCGCGGAUGGGAGUGUGAGGAUGUUCGAUCUCAGGAGUCUCGAACACAGCACGAUCAUUUACGAACCAUCGGAAAAGCAACAGGAGAAAAAUUCACAAAUCUCGGACCCCCUGUCCACAUCGCCGACACGGUCAUCCGGCUUAGGCAUGAACACACUACCCUUCCCGCCUCCACUCCUCCGUAUCGCCGCCUCUCCCCAUGACGCACACCUUCUUGCGACCUUCUCCCAAGACUCGAGCAUCAUCCGUGUCCUGGAUGUCCGACAACCAGGCCAAGCCCUACUUGAGCUCAAAGGCCACAGCGCGCCUAUUAACUGCAUUGACUGGAGCAGUACACAGCGUGGCGUCCUCGCCUCCGGAGCUGAUGAUUGUUGCGUCCUUUUGUGGGAUCUGAUAGGUUCUGCAAGCAGUAUGCCUGGUGGUGUAGCGCCCGGCACUGAUGCUGGUGGUACUGGCGGUGGAGGCCAAGACAGAGGCCCCUCCGCCGCCUGGGAGUGUAAGUUUGAAAUCAGUAAUUUAACUUGGGCCCCAACAAUGGGUACACUGGGUGUUUGUGGCGGUAAAGGGUUUUGGGGCGUGCAUUUAUGA